CGAAAAGCCGCUAUAAAUCUUAAAAAUUGUUUUUCUCUUAGCUGACUGUAAAAUAUACUGUUAAGGCAUGGCUAAACAUCAUCCUGAUUUGAUUUUCUGUCGCAAGCAACCUGGCGUAGCCAUUGGACGCCUGUGCGAGAAAGACGAUGGAAAGUGCGUGAUCUGCGACUCCUACGUGCGCCCCUGCACCCUGGUCCGCAUCUGUGACGAGUGCAACUACGGAUCCUACCAGGGAAGGUGCGUCAUCUGCGGAGGUCCCGGUGUUUCAGAUGCCUAUUACAGUUCCAAGACUGACCUGUUCUACGAACUGGUACUGCAGGAGGAUAUAACAGGCAGAACUUUGGUUAUAAUAGAAACAGAGGGUACAAUAAUAACUUUAACAGAGAUAAUGGAGGAUAUAGGCAACAAGCAGGAACCUCACGUGGAAUAG